AUUUUCCUGUUAGGCUGAAAUCAUUACUAAUCUCUUUGGAGAAUCUAAAAUGGCAGGAGUAGAGACUAUUCUUGGUGCUGCAAUUUCGGAGCUGGUUGUUCUCCUCAAAAAAACAAUCCAGAAACAUAAAGAUUGUCCAGCCUUGCUUAAAAAUCUGGAUGCUACCCUAGUGUCUUUGCAUCCAUUGAUACAAGAGAUGGAGAACCUAAACAGGUACUUGGGUCGCCCAAAGGAGGAAAUAGAGAGUCCGAGAAGUCAAGUCGAUGCCGGUAUAAAGUGCGUUCUCGAAAUCUCCAAGUCGAAGAAGGGCAAGUACAUAUGGAGCAUGUCUCAUCACCAGCUUUCUACAUUGGAUGCGUCUCUCAAAAGACUCCAUGAGAAACUGGCGGCGCAGACAGCAAGGAAUAGGAUGGAGACCUUGCUUUGCACAAGGAUGAUUUUUGGUUUGGUGGUGGUCAUUGCUCUUGUUGCUUUGUUGUUGCUUUGGAGCAACGGGCUUAUUAGGCUUCACGCAAAGGAGUCUCCAGGUUUGAAAAUCACAGAGAAGUCACUUGUGAAUAUGGACAAAGCCAGCACCAUUCGAGUGAACCAUGCAGAGAGAAACUGGUUGGAAUCUGUCUUUGCUGGUGGGUCAUGGUUACUCUACAAACUCUUCCGGGGCGGGCUUUCUACUUUCCUAAACUUGGUUGGGGCGUUUUUCUGGUUAUGUAUUUUUUUUGGUCUGGCCAUCUUAGCAUAUUAUAUAUGCGUGACCGUAAAGUCGAUUUUGGGGUGGGUUAAGGACUCUAUCUCUAUGAAUAUCGUAUUGGAUUGGAUAGCACAUCAAAUUUGAGGUAUAUAUUGAAGGAGGAAAUGAAGGCAUAUGCGAAUGAUCUUUUAUUUUGGGGGGAAAUAAGGAUGAGUUAUAAGGUGUGUAUCCUACAAUUUUGUA